AUGAAGAACACCGCAUCACAACAACCCAAAAAAAGACAUUAUGAUACUCAUGAAUAUUAUGUAAUCGAAAUCUCAGAAUCAGCAAUCCAUUUAAAUCCAGAAGAAAUCAUCAGACCAUUAGAAGUUGAAUUUGUAGAAAAAGUAGGAGAAUUAAAAGAUGUUUAUUUGGUAAGAGCAAGUAAACAAAUUGUAGAAUCAGGUUUUGAUCAUCCUUAUUAUCAUUCAAUCCAAAGUAGAUCAACAAAUCGAGAAUUAAAAAAAAGAGAUAGUGUAAUUGAACGUUAUGAUUUCUUUAAACGUUCAUUACACGAUCGAUCAGUAUUACAAGAAGUUCAAAAAAUCGAUCAAUCUUAUUACGAUCAACGUAGAUCAUUAACAGCACCAUUACUUUCAUCUAGACAAGCCAUCAAAUUAAUGAAAUCAAUAGACAAACAAGUUUUAAGAAAACGUCAUAAACGUGAUAUAAUUUAUAUUCCAUCAAAAGAUGGAUCAACACCUAUCAUUAAAAGAGAUUUCGAUCCUCCUACAAUUAAAAGAAGACAA